UUUCAAGGCAGUCAUUCAAAAUUUCAAAAUCACUCCCCCAAUUUAGAAACAGCUAGCUAGCCCCAGUAUUUGUCAAUGGAGUUGCAAGAUUUGAUCCUGAUAGCAGCAACUUCUUUAGGCUUACUCUCUCUGUGUAAAGCCUUCAUCAAUUUUCUCAGAUGGGUGUGGGUUAUGUUCUUUCGGCCCCCGAAGAAUCUCAAGGAGUAUGGUUCAUGGGCUGUGAUAACUGGCUCCACCGAUGGAAUUGGGAAAGCCCUUGCAUUCGAAUUGGGAUCAAAGGGUCUUAACUUGGUCUUAGUUGGUCGCAGCCCUUCAAAACUCGAAGCUACAUCGAAGGAGAUACACGAAAAGUACGGCGGAAAAGUAGAAACAAAAAGUAUUGUUAUAGACUUCGCCAAAUCCAGCGGAGAGGAGAUAUGUAAGAUGAUAGAGGGAGGAAUAAGAGGGUUAGAUGUUGGGAUUUUGAUCAAUAACGCAGGGGUGGCAUACCCUUACGUAAUGUAUUUUCAUGAGGUUGAGUUGGAGGUGAUGGAGAGCCAUGUGAAGGUGAACAUAGAUGCAGCGACUUGGGCGACUAGGUCUGUGCUUCCGGGUAUGCUGAAGAAGAAGAAAGGAGCAAUACUCAACAUUGGCUCCGGUUCCUCCUUGUCCUCUUACCCUUUAGGCGCCGUUUAUGCUGCAACUAAAGCGUAUCUUGCAAUGUUCUCAAGAAGCAUCGGUUUGGAAUACAGGCAACACGGAAUAGAUAUUCAGUGCCAGAUUCCACUAUUUGUGGCAACAAAGAUGAUAAGAGGUUUGAAGGCGUCUCCUAUGUUGGUUCCAUCACCGGAGACGUAUAGCAAAGCAAGCAUACGAUGGAUCGGUUAUGAGCAUAUCUGCAUACCAUACUGGACCCAUUCUGUGCAGUGGUUUAUAAUGCAUGGAUUGCCAGAUGCAUUACUGGAUUGGUGCACUCUCGACUACUAUCUCAAAGUGCGUCAGAGAAGAUUGAAGAAGAUGAUGAGGGUGAAGCAGUGAAAACUUUUAUUUUUAUUUUUUGUCUCACUGUGCUCGUUGUUCGUACUUCUUCAAGGUUUCUCUGCAACCAAGCUAAGUUGUUUGUUUUAUUUUAUAUUCCGCUUCACAUGCUCAAUUCUCGAGGAUCUCAACUGGUUCAAACCAGCUUUGCAUGAUGCCAUC